UCUUUACUCAAAGGCAGAUGGUGAAAAGAUAUGUUGCACAUGCAGAUUGCAGAAAAAGACCCCGGGGUAACGAGACUGGUAUAAUAAUGGGAUAAUCUGUGUGAGAAUCACUCGGCAGUAAAUUUCAUGGAAUACCAUUAUCUUACUUGGGACACUAGGGAUUAGAGGGGUAAGUAUGUGGAAGGCUCUCAGGAAAACUGAGAAAUGAGUGGCACCAUCCAAGAAGGUGUUGACAAAAAACCGCCAUAAUUCUUUCGUGGUCAUUGAACACAAAACCAUUGGUCGAGUUUUUCUUGAUCAUUUUUUGCUGUUCUCCCCUCAAAAACACGUUCAAGAUGGAAAAAUCGCAAUUUGUGGCUUUUCCCAUUCUUGGUCUGGCUUGGUCUGGCUUGAGAUGGCAGGAAACCCGGUUGUUUGUGGGUGAUUGGCGGGGUCUGGCCAGCACUCGGUUCCAAGCGAUUGAUUGGAUAUCCAGAGCUCGAACAGAUGCUCUCGACCAAAUAUAUUUAUUAAUCCAAUCCGUUUGUAACAUCGGUUUGAAAUUCUGUCUACUCCGUCAGUUUUGGAGUGCGCAAACAAAUUAGCUCGAACAAAAGAAGAUCCAUGCCUCCGUGUGCUUCCCAGCUCUUUUGUUCGAAAAAGCGCCUCACUUAGUCUUCGAGUACUUAAGGCAGUCAUAGAGCCAUAGAGAUCAUGAUAACCACUAUCACUAAUAUGCUCCUGGCGAAAAGAUGGAGAUCAAAGCGAUGAUAAAUGAACAGAGCAGAGAAACUUAAGACAGGAACUAGUGCAGCACCAAAAGCCACUCCUCACCAAAAGACAAAGAUCCUCCGAGAUGAGUGAGCACAAAUUGAGGGGGUGCGCGUGCUCCAAGGGAGAGUGUGUGGAGAAUCGGAUGUUUAAGGCGCUUCGCACCACCAACUGGAUUGUCAAACGGCUAAUGCAAUAUGGUUGCAGUCGCUCGAAAGUCGUCAAGGUGUAAAGAGACCAUCAGAAAAAAAAUCGCCUUUCGUUCUUUCCAAUGACAAGUGCAGAGCUACGUAAGUAGUCUGGGCAUGGGAAAUUUGCUGCUCCUAAAAAAAAAGAGAACCGAAGUGUAUUACACCAAGGGGGUGAUUAAAGCGCAAUGACGGACCAUUAUUGAGAGGCCAGAGACAAAAAAGUUUGCAACGUCGGCUGGUGAUUGAUUUGUCCACCAUCCUCUUGGUAAUCAGUCCAAGUCCCAUCGAUCAAAUUGAAGGCAGCAAAAAAAGAACAAACAGUAGUUGGAUGGAGUUAACCGAGCAAGAAAUGAGACAACUCCUUCUCGUUCGAUGGUGAACGAGAGGCAUUCAACGGCCGAAAGACGGAUCGAUGCAGUUUCCGCGACAAAGUUCAAAAAGCUUCCAUGCCACCGAUAGAACAAUCGUUGGGUGAGUUCUUGGCAUUCAUGCCAACCCCAGAGACUCGAAAUUAGCGAAAGUGCACAACUUCGUCAUGCCUCGUUUUUGCAUUCCUCUAGACGAUUGGGCCCAAUGGCCAAUUCUCUGUCAGCCCCCUGAUUCAAUCCAAGCAUGACCCAAGACCGUCAGUAGUCGCUGACGGGUCAUGAUCUUACAAUGACUCCCGAGAUGCCGGUGCUAAUCAAAAAGAACGUGUCCUCUACCAAUGUGUAUUGUGUGGCUAUUGUGAUACUAUUGCUUUAUCAUCUGGGAUUCCUCUCGCCCUUGACGGCCAAUCUCAUUCAGAGUGAGGCCAAUGGUCGAGCAUCAACCCAUUGUUCAAAGGUGGCGACUCCAGAUUUCGCAUCUUUAUCUGACGAGCCCGUGUUCGUCAACCAGUCCACUCGCGUUCCGUUAUGCCAGUGUCAAAUUCAACUACCUCAAGUGUAUUCCACGCAUUCGUCUUUUGAGGACACCACUUGCAGUGCCACCGCUUUCGCCCGAGGAGAUCACCAAAGAGUGGUGGGCUUUUCUUUCUAUGGAGAUUCGAGAUCUCCUAAACACAAGUCAAAGCAAUACUACCAAGGGAUCAUUGAUAACUUGGGUCUCAUGAACAAAUUUUAUCCAGGAUGGAUCAUGAGGCUGUAUUUCGAUCUCAAUUUGGGCGAUGACCUCCUCGGUUCCUUAUGCGAGUUGUCUUGCCAGAAUGCCAAUCUGGAUCUGUGCCAUAUCCAACACCUUCCUGGGACACCUCUCCCAAAUGCUAGUCGGAUUUUCCCCAUGAAUUGGCGCUUUUUCCCCACACUCGACCCUCAGGUUGACUUAUUUGUUUCCCGAGACCUGGACAGUCGCUUCUCGGAUCGCGAACAAUCUGCGGUUCAAGAAUGGCUUAAUUCCAAGUGGGCCUUUCACAUGAUGCGAGAUCAUCCGGCCCACGUGGUCAGUAUUCUUGGUAGUGGUUGGGGAGUCAAGUUAACAUCCACCGAGAUCCGCUCCCAAUGGAAAAGCGCCUGGAUGAUUGGCAAGAACUCGCCCAUAAUGUGGGCCACCCGGGGAAUGACCGGUCCUGAUCAAGGGUUCUUAAAAAGGUUCGUUUGGCCAUGGGCAAAGAAGGACUCCAUUCAACACGACAGCUACACAUGUCAAGUGUUCCCUGGAACCCUUGGAUUUCCAACCCCUCGAAAGAAUGAACCCGAUAACUUCAUCGCCUCGGUUGUUGCACAAAACAUGUCCAUCUGGAAAAUAUGCCCUUACCAAUGUCGUAGAGAAGGGCAUCGUUUGGACUGGAUUUAUUGCUAGAAUGGCCAUUUUUCCUCUUAUGCCACCAUCACCCCUGAAUAGCUUGAAAAUACAUCGAUCCAUAAAUUAG